AUGGCCCCGUCAACAACCACCGCCACAACGCGGUCCUCCGCCCCGACAGGCCCAACAAAGGCCUACCUCUUCGCCUACAACACGCUGAACCUCGUGCUCUGGGGAUCCUGCGUGGUCUACACCGCGAGCCAGAUCCCCUUCGCCCUCGGCCUCAACAAUCUGCCCGCCGUCUUCAAGCGUACCUUCUCGCCUCUGUUGCUGGCAACGCAGUCACUGGCCACGCUGGAGGUCCUGCACAGCCUGGUGCGCCUCGUGCGCGCACCAUUCCUGACUACCGCUAUGCAGGUGGCCAGUCGGCUGCUGCUGGUGUGGGGCAUUAUGGCGCCGUUCGGCGGCGAGAUUGUUGGACGGGAGGGGAGCGCGCAGCUGGGUGAUUAUGCGUACUUGGGGUGUGUGGGUGCGUGGGGGAUUACGGAAGUCAUUCGUUAUGGGUUCUUUGCGAUUACGUUGUCGGGGAAUUCGGUACCUGCGUGGUGGACUUGGUUGCGGUACAACACCUUUUACGUCCUCUACCCCAUUGGCAUUUCCAGCGAGUGCACCCUUAUCUUGCAAGCCCUCGGUCCCGCUGCGGAGCUCAACCCGCUGUUCCAGUAUGCCCUGAUUGCCAUCCUUGUGAUCUAUGUGCCUGGCUCGUAUAUCCUGUACACACACAUGAUUGCGCAGAGGCGCAAGGUCAUGCGCGGCAAGCAGCGCGCCGAUUAA